AAUGGAAAAGGGAUUUGUUACUCUGCUUCUGUUUGCACAAUCGUGCGCGCAGUUUAUGCCCAAUCAGAUUGAACUACCAGGAUUUCCUCGCUCACCAAUCCGUUUGCCUUUUCCUUUUCCUAACAUUCCAACAAAGUCAGGAAAAUGUCCGGAAUAUAACGUAAUUGCUCGGUGUGAAUGUACCAGGCAGGAUGUGCGUUGUGUGGUGGACCGCAGUUGUCCGGGAGAUCAAAAAUGUUGUUCGAUUGGAUGUGCCUGUAGAAAAGAGUGUGUGUCACCAGUAGUGGAACAAAGGAAAGGAUGCAGACACAAUGGUAGAUUUUACAACGUAGGAGAAACCUUUUUGGACAUUGACGGUUGUAGUAGAUGUACCUGUGGUAUCACGGGCAGUAUAGGAUGUUUACAGAAAACAUGUGUUGAACCUCCAGCAAUAGAUAUCUGCUCUCUGCCAAAAGUCGUUGGUCGAUGCAAUGGAAGCUUUUCACGAUGGUGGUACGAUGAAGCUACCAAUUUCUGCUUAAGUUUUACUUAUAGUGGAUGUCAUGGAAAUAAAAAUAAUUUCAGAACGAGGCAGGAUUGUUUGAAUAGCUGCAGGAAGAGAAUUCGUCCUCCACGCCGUGGUUAAUAGAGAGGAUCAUACCUGUCACUCAGCAGAGUAAUCAAUGAUGCACCAAACCAGAAACGUGAUGAAUUAUGCUUAACUGAAAUGUUUUACGAGCUGUAUUCACCCUAUGACCUACAAUUGUUUUUUACGUAUUAAAUACGCAUAA